AUUCUUACUCAUGCGGUCUUGCCUCACCCACAUGCAUGUGUAGAGUUAUAGACUAGACAAAAAUUUAUCUACGUACAGUUAGACCUGCUUAAACGAUGAGAAAAUGAUUUUUAUACGCAAAAACGGGAAAAAUGUGAAAACCAUUAGCGCGGGGUAGAUAGUGUUUCGAGAGACGUUACGUUUGAAAUCUGUGUAUAAGAUAAGAUAUUUCGUGUUUAAACGAAAAUGAAAAUAAACGCGAAAAAUAUCUAUACCCUUUGGAAACAUGGCCUUUAUACAAAAAUGUUUGUGCUGUAGUCUACCUAUCGGAUGUGGAUUUUUCGGAACGUAUCUUUUGAUAGCUUACUUAAUAGCGUUUGCUUUUGAACUGCUUUGGCUGAUUCUGGAAGCGAAGCAUAUCUUGCCGGCUGCCGCCGUUCUGUUAGCAGCCGGAUAUUUUGCUUUAAGCCUUUUUGGCGCACUGUUAUUACAUGGAAUAGCGACAAAAAACACGCUGUGCCUCAUAACUUGGAUGUUUUCAACCACAAUCCUGACGUUUCCGGAAGCUGGACUUGUCAUUUAUAUGAGUGUCGACUACUGGGGCACAGCACACAUAUAUGGAAUAACGGAGCUGUCAUGUUGGCUCCUGAGGAUAAUAGUAAACGUUAUAGAAAUAAUACUAGUCCAGUCUCUCUACACGACGUGGAAAGACGAGGAACUAGAUGAUAAGAGAUUAAGAGACUUAACGGUACCUGGAACGGUAGCAAAUACAACUCCGUUCACGGCACCAUUUUACCAAAAUGCUGGGUACGAACAAUCCGUUAAUAAUUUCAAUGAAUUGUUAACAAGGUCUGGAUCUAUGCAACAAAUGUGGAGUUAUCAAUUUGCAAAUAACUUUACCCCCAUUGAUGGUUACCCAAUUUAUGCAGCCCAGAGCGAGUUCAAUGCCAGCGUUUUUAUGACACACUACGGAAGUAAUGAUGGCUUUGAAAAGAAAGCUUACUCUUUAAUGGAUCUACGCUACAUCGAUCAACCGGCAAUGAAAAAUGCCCAAUAUUGGGGUUCCCAAACUGAUGCAGAUCAAGACAAAGAAAUAAUGCCCAAUUUGGGCACAAUGUCUGAAAUCAGCUACCCAAUCCACAACAAUAACAAACUAACAAAAAGCAAAUCGAUGGAUGCGUUGCAUGAUAUCAACAGGGGUAGUCGUGUGAUCAGAAAUAGUGCGGGGUUUUAUGCGCAACCUGUUGCGAGUUACGGCGUGCCUAUCUAUUACGGUCCUUUGGACGGACCUGAUUUUUUAAUUUACAAGAAGCAAGUCGAUAAAAUGAAUAGUAAAAACUCUUUGAGUAAUAAUUCAGCGGAAGAUGUACAAAAAUAUAGGGACGUUGCACUCUAACAGAGUAAGUGCUGUGUUUGUAGACAGUAAGAAUGUGAGAAACGUUAAUUGUUUAUAGUUGAUUGUUGAUUAAUGACAUUUUUUGUUACCAUUUUCAUUUGCAAUUUGUCGAGAGGGCAAUAUACCUGUUUAUUAACAAAAUUAUGAAUAAUAAAUUGAUAUUCGUUUUAUUUCACUUAAACUCCAA